AAUUACCAAUAAGUUAUACAUCGGUUAAAAUUUAAAAAUCUUAUCCGCCGGUUGGCGGUUGUUGGAUUUGAUAAGCUUAGGCUGUCAGUUGCUCCGAUGGGAACCUCGAGCACCAUGUACUCAUUCGUUGUUAUGCGUGUGACUUCCAAUGUCAAAGGCGCCAGACGUGUUGCGGUUCGGUCGCUUCUUCACUGACUUUUUUGGUUUAUUUGGGUUCCCGUUGAAUUUUAGUUAAAAUGACUCACUUAAUUAUCUUUGCUUAAGGGGAUUUUACUCACAGCUCGUCACAAUGGACAAGGAACGAUUUUCUCUACUCCUCCUCGAGCCCAAUGAGAUCUACUUCGAAGACUUUUCAGUAGAUUUGCUGCCGAACCCAGAGGAGCCCAUUAAUGCCGAGAACUGCAGACCUGUUAUGGGGCGGCUCAAAUUGUGCUCCAAGUCGCUUGUUUUCGACCCGAAGGACAUCAAGUCACCAAUUCUGAAAAUCCCCUUCAAGGAUUGCACAGAAAUAACUACGUGGCCUCUAAUCAGGCCGGAAAAUCAACUUUUGAUCAGGUGCUCGCAGUACAUUAAGAUGCUGGAAGGCAACGUUCUGGCUCCGUACGAGUUCGUAGUUGAGAGGAAAACCUUUCUUUUUCUCUUCCACUAUGCAAAUGUCAACGAUUACUUCUUGCAGCUAUGUCAGCAGUUGCAUAGAGCUUCGAGUCUCCAUGCCCUGGAUCAAGCCGACAUGAUAGCCACGAUUGUCUUCUCGAGGCACAAUCGAACCAAAUUCAACCCUUUGUGGCUAGAGAGCAUUUACGAGAAAAUCUUGUUGGAGUGCAAAGUGGAUGAGAUUAAACCGUUGAUUUUCAAUCCAGGCAAACUAGUUUUAACAGACACGUGCAUUUACUUCCAACCGUACAAUAAUAUCCAACCGUACCCAGUGAUAAAAAUAAAGUUAAGCAGCAUUACCAAUACAAUAAAAAGGCGAUUCUUACUCCGACAUACGGGCCUUGAAAUAAGAUGGGAGGAUUCGAAGCACCUCUACGUGUCGUUUCGUAACCUAGAUGAGCGCAAUAACUUUUGCGGUUUAUUGGGAGAACAAUCGUCGUACAACCCCACGAAUGAAGAACCAGAAAGUAUGAUGUUAAAAUGGCAGAAUCGUUUAAUAUCCAAUUACGAUUAUCUUGUCUACUUAAAUAGUUUAGCAGAUCGCACGGUUGAAGACCUAACACAAUAUCCAGUAUUUCCUUGGGUCCUUACCGACUACACUUCCAAUAAGAUAGACGUUAAUGAUGAAAGCAUUUAUAGAGAUCUUUCGAAACCAAUGGGUGCCUUAAAUCCGGAAAGGCUGGAACGCCUGAAAGAGCGAUGCGAAGAGAUGGGAAAUCCAAAAUUCUUAUAUGGAUCACAUUAUUCAGCUCCUGGCUUCGUCUUAUUUUACUUGGUUCGAAAAUAUCCUCAUCUGAUGCUGUGCUUACAAAAUGGAAGGUUCGACCAUCCAGAUCGAAUGUUUAACAAAUUGUCGGAUACAUUCAGUAACUGCUUAAACAACAUGUCUGAUUUUAAGGAACUAGUUCCCGAGUUUUAUGAUGUAUCACAGAAUGGUGACUUUUUGGUCAAUUUACAUAAAAUUAAUUUUGGGUUUCGGUCAGAUGGUACGCCUGUCAACCAUGUAACUUUACCACCGUGGGCAAAAAACUCUCCAGAACAGUUUGUACGAACUUUAAGAGAAGCUUUAGAAAGUGAUUAUGUUUCGAAGAACCUCAAUCAUUGGAUCGAUUUGAUAUUUGGAUAUAAGCAACGGGGCGAGGAGGCGCUCAAAGCAAAUAACCUAUUCUACCAUUUGUGUUAUGAAGGUGCUGUCGAUUUGGACACUGUUAAAGAUGCAAAUGCUCGGCACGCAUUGGAAAUUCAAAUUUCGGAAUUCGGACAAAUUCCAAAGCAGCUUUUUACCAGGCCUCAUGUAUCUCGAGACACAGAAAGUUCCUUACAAAUUGAGAGUCCUAAAAGAAGAAGUCUAGGUGCGAAUACCUCAUUUGGACUGGAAUUGAAAGGUUCCUAUCCCGCUCACAAGGAACCAAUUACUUCGUUAUCCAUAGACGGUGACUGUAUCAUUUCCACAGGGAGAGAUGGCGUUCUGAAACUCUACAAUAUCGAAACUAACAAACAAAUUCGAAACUUAGCAAUUGCGGAUGUUCCUCUAAGCGCCUGUUUUAAAAUUGCAAAUUCGAGUGUGCUUGUCAUUGCCUCGUGGGAUGAUACAAUUUUAUUGUAUAACUGUGAUUAUGGCCGAAUCUCAGAUGUUAUUCCAGCGCAUGAUGAUGCUGUUUCUGCUUUGAGCCUCGUGUCUGACCUAGGAAUACUCAUAUCCGGUAGCUGGGAUUGUAGCGUGAAAAUAUGGAAGGGAUUCACCGACAUGGAAUACAAAAGCUUUCGCUUAUCGGAAUCAAUGAUCGGGUAUUGCUCAUUCGAUGAAAAAAUAACUUGUCUUGACAGCAGAAGAAAAGACUUUCUAGUGAAUAUUGCCGCUGCGACAGCGACUGGUGAAAUUUUCGUUUGGGAAAUUGAUGCUCAGAAUAUAGUUAAAAGCAAGACUUGUGAAAUACCCAGUACAGAGCCAAAACGACUGGCCAAACAUAAAACUGAAAUCACUAGUCUGGCUUUCAAUUCCACCGCAACCAAGCUAGCAUCUUGUAGUGUAGAUAAAAUGUUCUGUGUAACGGAUGUAGUCACUGGGAUGAAUCUGUUUAGCAAGGGCUUAGAGAAUUCACCAACGUCGUUGAGUUGGUGCGGCGAGAGCGAAUUUAUACUGAUAGUUGAUGUGAGUGGGCACUUGGCGAUUUGGAAUCUCCUCGAAGGAAAUUUAAAAUGUGAUAUCACUGCUACAGAUGGACCACUUUCCUGCGUGUGCUAUGAUGAACGAAAGCAACUUGUAAUCACAGCUGGCAGAGAAAAGAACGAUUACCAGAUAAAAUGCUGGGUAUUGAAAUAAUUGUAAUUAAACUGUCCGAUUUUGGGAAGUAUUAAUAUAGGAAAAAUGUUUUUAUCGUAUAUUGUCCAAGUUUUAUGAGUGUAUUGGUAAUAAAUUAUUUGAUAUCGAA